CGCAAAUUGAUCGCGCACAGCCAAGAAGGCGCACUGAGUGACUGUGUUCAUAUUUACGAUCUUACAGCAAUAUCGAUUCACGUCGAAUACAGCAACAUCUCCUCCUGAAGAUUCAUCUUUUCUCACGCCCAGGAAACGGAAGUUGAGCAAAAGGAAGUGAAGAUUGCGGACGUGAUAGAAGAUGGACGACUUCUGCUAUGCUAAGAUGGCGACGUCAUGUCAAAGAGAAAGUGAAAGACAAUCAGAAACUUCCAGCGAAUCACCAACGGAGAUAAAGACCAAAGAUGAAGACAUCCAGCAGCUGAUUGGUCAUCCAGAAGAACUCACUUUGAAGCAGGAGACUCCACAGCCACCCCACAUUAAAAAGGAAGAAGAGGAACUCUGGAUCCCUCAGGAGGGAGAGUGUCUUCUAGGACCACAGGAGGCUGAUCUCACCAAGUUGCCACUGACUGUUGUCUCUGUGAAGACUGAAGAUGAUGAAGAGAAACCACAAGUAGACAACCUCUUAGCUCCACUAUUAGAAAGUGAGGCUGAAGACCAAGUUGAUGAAACUUUGAGCAGAAAUACUGACCGUGAAGACAUCCAGCAGCUGAUUGGUCUUCCAGAAGAACUUCCCCCUCAGUCAGGGGGGAGCUCCACUUUGAAGCAGGAGACUCCACAGCCACCCCGCAUUAAAAAGGAAGAGGAGGAACUCCGGAUCACUCAGGAGGGAGAGUGUCUUCUAGAAGCCGAUCUCACUAAGUUGCCACUGGCUGUUGUCUCUGUGAAGACUGAAGAUGAUGAAGAGAAACCACAGCCGGACACCCUCUUAGCUCCACUAUCAGAUAGUGAGACUGAAGACGAGGUUGAAGUGACUAUGAGCAGCGAUACAGACUGUGAAGGUGAUAUGAGGACUCAUGCUGGCAACAAACACGCUAAACACUGUAAAAAGAAGAGAGGUAAAAAUAAAUAUAGCUGCUCAGUUUGCGCUAAAAGCUUUACGAGAGAGAGAGAUUUGACCCAGCACACGAGGACACAUACCGGAGAAAAACCAUUUGAUUGUUCGGUUUGCGGUAAAAGCUUUUCUCAAAAAAGCAAUUUGAAUCAACACAUGAGAACGCACACGGGAGAAAGAGCAUUCAAUUGUUCCGUUUGCGGUAAAGGCUUUUUUCGAAAAGACAAUUGGACUAAUCACGUGCGAACGCACACAGGAGAAAAACCAUACAGUUGCUCAGUUUGCGGCAAAAGCUAUUUUCAGCAAGGAAAAUUGACUAUACACUUGAGAACACACACGGGAGUAAAAACAUUCAAUUGUUUAGUUUGUGGUAAAAGCUUUUAUCAUAAAGUCAAUUUGACGCUACACAUGAGAAUACACACAGGAGAAAAACCGUACAGUUGUUCAGUUUGUGGUAAAAGCUUUAGUCAAAAGGGCAACUUGACUCAACACAUGAGCUCACACACAAGAGAAAAAACAUUUAAUUGUUCCGUUUGUGGUAAAAGCUUUUUUCUAAAAGGCAAUUUGACUCGACACAGAAGAACACACACGGGAGAAAAAAUAUUUAAUUGUUCAGUUUGUGGUAAGAAAUGUUCUCUUAGGAGCAAUAUGACUCAACACAUGAAAACACACAGGAGAAAAAACAUUUAGUUGUCCAGUCUGCAGUAAAGGAUUCUAUCAUAAUGUAGAUGUGGAAAGACACAUAAAAACACACAAAGGAGACUAACCUAACAAUUGUUCAGUUUGCAGCAAAAUAGUUUUUCCUAAACUGCUGUGUUGAAACUACGUGACCAAGAUGGCGGGCAAAAAUUAUUUAUAUGUAUUGUUUUUGUUUACCUUUUAGCAGAGCAGGCGUGUGUGUGUGUAUUUUAAAGGCAAGGGGGAGAAUGUAUAAAAAGAUACCAUCAAAAAAAUAUCUGAAUGUGAUGGAGUGGAUCUAUACUUUCCACUCAAUUUAAAAGCCCGAAAAAAAUGACCAUUCGUCGUUUCUAACUGGCAAAGAGUAGUAGCACAAACGUAUGGAAGCGCAUCAUUUUCUAUGGGUUCAAUAUUAAUUCAAUAUAUUGGGACGUUCAAAAUAACUUUUUACCAAAAAUUCCCAUUGGAACCAUUUCCACAGGCGAGAACAAGUUGCAUGUAUGCGACAUUUUCCCUCUGCUUUAAUUUGACUUCUCGCUAGGAGUACGCCACAAUAUGUUCCAGUCCUCAAGCACACACUGAAAUAUUUUAAUACAGAAGAGUCUUGACGUACAGAAGAGUCUUGACGUACAGAAGAGUCUUGACGUACAGAAGAGUCUUGAAGUACAGAAGAGUCUUGAAGUACAGAAGAGUCCUGAAGUAAAGAAGAGUCUUGAAGUACAGAAUAGUCUUGAAGUAGAGUCUUGAAGUACAGAAGAGUCUUGAAGUACAGAAUAGUCUUGAAGUACAGAAGAGUCUUGAAGUACAGAAGAGUCUUGAAGUACAGAAGAGUCUUAAAGUACAGAAGAGUCUUGAACUACAGAAGAGUUUUGAAGUAAAGAAGAGUCUUGAAGUACAGAAGAGUCUUGAAGUACAGAAGAGUCUUGAAGUACAGAAGAGUCUUGAAGUACAGAAGAGUCUUGAAGUACAGAAGAGUCUUGAAGUAAAAAAGAGUCUUGAAGUAAAAAAGAGUCUUGAAGUACAGAAGAGUCUUGAAGUAAAGAAGAGUCUUGAAGUAAAAAAAGAGUCUUGAAGUAAAAAAGAGUCUUGAAGUAAAAAAGAGUCUAGAUGUACAGAAGUCUUGAAGUAAAGAAGAGUCUUGAAGCAACGAAGAGUCUUGGAGUACAAAAGAGUCUUGAAGUACAUAAGUCUUGAAGUACAAAGGAGUCUUGUAAAAAACAGUCUGGAAGUACAGAAGUCUUGAAGUACAAAAGAGUCUUGUAAAAAAGAGUCUACAAAUACAGAAGAGCCUUGAAGUACAGAAGAGUCUUGAAGUAAAGAAGAGUCUUGAAGUAAAGAAGUGUCUUGAAGUAAAGAAGAGUCUUGAAGUACAAAAGUCCUGUAAAAAAGAGUCUAGAAAUACAGAAGAGUCUUGAAGUAAAGAAGAGUAUUGAAGUACCAAAAGUAUUGAAGUAAAGAAGGGUCUUGAAGUACAGAAGAGUCUUGAAGCAAAGAAGUCUUGAAGUACAGAAUAGUCUUGAAGUAAAGUAGAGUCUUGAAGUACUAGAGAGUCUUGAAGUACAGAAGAGUCUUAAAGUACAGAAGAGUCUUGAAAUACAGAAGAGUCCUGAAGUAAAGAAGAGUCUUGAAGUACAGAAUAGUCUUGAAGUAGAGUCUUGAAGUAAAGUAAAGUCUUGAAGUACAGAAUAGUCUUGAAGUAAAGAAGAGUCUUUAAGUACAGAAGAGUCUUGAAGUACAGAAGAGUCUUGAAAUACAGAAGAGUCCUGAAGUAAAGAAGAGUCUUGAAAUACAGAAGAGUCUUGAAGUAAAGAAGGGUCUUGAAGUACAGAAUAGUCUUGAAGUAAAGUAAAGUUUUGAAGUACAGAAGAGUCUUAAAGUACAGAAGAGUCUUGAAGUACAGAAGAGUCUUGAAAUACAGAAGAGUCUUGAAGUAAAGAAGAGUCUUGAAGUAAAGAAGAGUCUUGAAGUAAAAAAGAGUCUUGAAGUAAAAAAGAGUCUUGAAGUAAAAAAGAGUCUUGAAGUACAGAAGAGUCUUGAAGUACAGAAGAGUCUUGAAGUACAGAAGAGUAUUGAAGUAAAGAAGAGUCUUGAAGUAAAAAAGAGUCUUGAAGUAAAAAAGAGUCUUGAAGUACAGAAGAGUCUUGAAGUAAAGAAGAGUCUUGAAGUAAAGAAGAGUCUUGAAGUACAGAAGAGUCUUGAAGUAAAGAAGAGUCUUGAAGUAAAAAAAGAGUCUUGAAGUAAAAAAGAGUCUUGAAGUAAAAAAGAGUCUAGAUGUACAGAAGUCUUGAAGUAAAGAAGAGUCUUGAAGCAACGAAGAGUCUUGGAGUACAAAAGAGUCUUGAAGCAACGAAGAGUCUUGGAGUACAAAAGAGUCUUGAAGUACAUAAGUCUUGAAGUACAAAGGAGUCUUGUAAAAAACAGUCUGGAAGUACAGAAGUCUUGAAGUACAAAAGAGUCUUGUAAAAAAUAGUCUACAAAUACAGAAGAGCCUUGAAGUACAGAAGAGUCUUGAAGUAAAGAAGAGUAUUGAAGUACCAAAAGUAUUGAAGUAAAGAAGGGUCUUGAAGUACAGAAGAGUCUUGAAGCAAAGAAGUCUUGAAGUACAGAAUAGUCUUGAAGUAAAGUAGAGUCUUGAAGUACAGAAGAGUCUUAAAGUACAGAAGAGUCUUGAAAUACAGAAGAGUCCUGAAGUAAAGAAGAGUCUUGAAGUACAGAAUAGUCUUGAAGUAGUCUUGAAGUAAAGUAAAGUCUUGAAGUACAGAAUAGUCUUGAAGUAAAGAAGAGUCUUGAAGUACAGAAGAGUCUUGAAGUACAGAAGCGUCUUGAAAUACAGAAGAGUCCUGAAGUAAAGAAGAGUCUUGAAAUACAGAAGAGUCUUGAAGUAAAGAAGGGUCUUGAAGUACAGAAUAGUCUUGAAGUAAAGUAAAGUUUUGAAGUACAGAAGAGUCUUAAAGUACAGAAGAGUCUUGAAGUACAGAAGAGUCUUGAAAUACAGAAGAGUCUUGAAGUAACGAAGAGUCUUGAAGUACAGAAUAGUCUUGAAGUAAAGUAAAGUCUUGAAGUACAGAAUAGUCUUGAAGUAAAGAGGAGUCUUGUAAAAAAGAGUCUCGAACUAUAGAAUAGUCUUAAAGUAGAGUCUUGAAGUAAAGAAGAGUCUUGAAAUACAGAAGAGUCUUUAAGUAAAUAAGAGUCUUGAAUUACAGAAUAGUCUUGAAGUAAAGUAAAGUCUUGAAGUACAGAAGAGUCUUGAAGUAAAGUAGAGUCUUGAAGUACAGAAGAGUCUUGAAGUACAGAAGUCUUGAAAUACAGAAGAGUCUUGAAGUACAGAAGUCUUGAAAUACAGAAGAGUCUUGAAGUAACAAAGAGUCUUGAAGUACAGAAUAGUCUUGAAGUAAAGUAAAGUCUUGAAGUACAGAAUAGUCUUGAAGUAAAGAAGAGUCUUUAAGUGCAGAAGAGUCUUGAAGUACAAAAGAGUCUUUUAAAAAGAGUCUAGAAGUACAGAAGUCUAGAAGUACAGAAGAGUCUUAAAGUACAGAAGAGUCUUGAAAUACAGAAGACUCUUGAAGUACAAAAGAGUCUUUUAAAAAAGAGUCUAGAAGUACAGAAGAGUCUUAAAGUACAGAAGAGUCUUAAAGUACAGAAGAGUCUUGAAAUACAGAAGAGUCUUGAGAGAUGUCCGAUAAUGGCUUUUUUGCCGAUAUUCCGAUAUUGUCCAACUCUUAAUUACCGACACCGAUAUACACAGUCGUGUAAUGAACACAUUAUUAUGCCUAAUUUUGUUGUGAUGCCCCAGUGGAUGCAUUAAACAAUGUCCCAAGGUUUUCCAAAAUAAAUCAACUCAAGUUAUGGAAAAAAAAAUGCCAACAUGGCUCUGCCAUAUUUAUUAUUCAAGUCACAAAGUGCGUUAUUUUGUUUAACAUGCCUCAAAACAGCAGCUUGGAAUUUGGGACAUGCUCUCCCUGAGAGAGCAUGGGGAGGUUGAGGUGGGAGGGGGGGGUAGCGGGAGGCGUAUAUUGUAGAGUCCCGGAAGAGUUAGUGCUGCAAGGGGGUUCUGGGCAUUUGUUCUGUUGUGUUACGGUGCGGACGUUCUCCCGAAAUUCUUGUUUGGUGUGGGUUCAGUGUGGCGCAUAUUUGUAACAGUGUUUACGUUGUUUAUUACGGCCACCUUCAGUGUGACCUGUAUGGCUGUUGACCAAGUAUGCCCUGCCUUCACUUGUGUGUGUGAAAAACCGUAGAUAUUACGUGCCUUUAAGGUUUAUUGGCGCUCUGUACUUCUCACUACAUCCGUGUAUACAGCAGCGUUUUAAAAAGUCACACAUUUUACUUUUUGAAAUCGAUACCGAUAAUUUCCGAUGUUACAUUUUAAAGCAUUUAUCGGCCGAUAUUAUCGGACAUGUCUACUUUUAACGAUAUUAUUUCCUUCGCAGAAGAAACAUUAAAUAUUCUUCUGGCUUCUAAAAAGCCACAUGUUUAAAUGUUUAUUUUAUUCCAUUUUACGGAAUUAUUUUGAUUCAUUUGAAAUCACACGGGUUCACUUCCUGUUGUAUGUAGAAACGUCAUGUAUGGAUCUUCAUGUUUACCUUUACUGGAUAGCAGUUGUGGUUUAAUAUCUUGUUUUAUUGUCCAAAUAGUAAUGAAUCUGGCAACUCCUGAAGAUGUUUCUUAUGACCACAUUUUAAUUAAAUUUACAGAAGAUCGUUUUUUAUUUUAAUGAUCGCAUUAAUGUUUUGAAAGACUAUGUUGUUGCCGUAUUAUUUUUUGUGUGUGUGAUGUUUUUGUAUCACUCUGUUCUUGAAAUAAAGAUGACGUUUAAAAGUG